AUGGCCGGCGGCGGGUCGACGCCUGAGGCCGCCGAGCCGGGCAAGAAGGGCGCGGCUCCGCCGCGGCCGUCGGCUCGCCGCGCGCGCGACGCGCUCGUGUUCACGCUCGGCGUGGCGGCGGCCGUGCUGGCGCUCGCGCUCCUGGGCGGCCCGGCGUCGCCGUCCUUGCUCGCGCUCGCGCCGGGCCGCGCCGGCCUCGUCUUGUUCCCCGUCCCGGGCCCCGCCGACGGGCCGCCCACGUUCUACGACGACCCAGAGCUCUCGUACGCCGUGGGCGGCGGCCUCGCCGGGUGGGACGCCAAGCGCGCGGCGUGGCUGCGCUCCCGCGGGCUCCGCCGCCGGGGCGGCCCGGAGCGCGUGGUGAUGGUGUCCGGGUCGCAGCCGGAGCCGUGCCGGGGCCCCGCGGGCGACCACCUCCUCCUCCGCUUCCUCAAGAACAAGCUCGACUACUGCCGCCUCCACGGCGUCGAGCUCCUCUACAACAACGCGCUGCUGGAGCCGUCCAUGGCGGCGUACUGGGCCAAGAUCCCUGCCGUGCGCGCCGCCAUGCUCGCGCACCCGGAGGCCGAGUGGGUCUGGUGGGUCGACGCCGACGCCGUCUUCACCGACAUGGACUUCUCGCUCCCGCUCGCCCGGUACGCCGCCUACAACCUCGUCCUCUACGGCUGGCCAAAGGAGGUGUACGAGCGGCGGCGGUGGCUAGGGCUCAACGCCGGCGUGUUCCUCCUCCGCAACUGCCAGUGGUCGCUCGACCUCCUCGACGCGUGGGCGCGCAUGGGGCCCGCCUCGCCGGACCACGCCGCGUGGGGGAGGACGAUCAAGGCGGCGCUCAGCGACCGGGACUCCGACGUGGCCUGCGACCAGUCGGCGCUCGCGUACCUGCUCCUCACCGGCCGGGAGCGGUGGGGGAGCAAGACCUACCUCGGCGUCGACUUCUACUUCCAGGGCUACUUCGCGGAGAUCGUGGGCAAGCUCGGCGGCGUCGCGGCGCGGUACGAGGCGGCGGAGCGGGAGGCGGCCGGCCCGGGGGUCCGGCGGCGGCACGCGGAGCGGGAGCACCUCGCGUACGCGGCGGCGCGGAAUGCGGCCGUGAGGGCCGCCGGCGUCCCGGGCCCCGACGGCGGCGGGCAGAGCGGGUGGCGCCGCCCGUUCGUCACGCACUUCACGGGGUGCAACCCCUGCGGCGGCAGGCGGAACCCGAUGUACUCGAGGGAGCUCUGCGACGGCGGGAUGCACCGGGCGCUGGGGUUCACCGACGACCAGGUGCUCCGCGCGUACGGAUUCCGCCACGCCGCGCCGCUGAACGACACCAUUGUGCCGCUGCCGUUCGACUACCCCGCCGCCGCGCGCAACAGAUGACCGACCGACUCAUCGCGGGCUAGCGGUGAAGGGAUUGUGGACCAAUUUUGGGCCCUAAAUCUAAUUGUAUCGUGCGUCUACGCUCUCCGACCUUCUUUAGGCCGGGUUUGUUUUCGCUUUUCUGGAUCUCGUUUUUUUUGAGAAUCAGGAUUUUG